ACGAAACCGGAAGUGGGCAGCGGGGCAUUCUCUCACUUUCACUGGCUACUUUUGGCCGUUUGUAACAACAGCAGCAUCAAACAAGAUAUCCCAAUGAUGGAAGAAUUUGAAGACGGUGAAGCUUCUGGCGAGGAGCUGUCUCAAUGCAACAUCUGUAAAAGAUGUUUCUUCCCUAAAGUCCUGGCGAAGCAUGUUAAAAUCUGCCAAAAGUCGUCAUCCAAAAGGAGGAAGAUCUUUGACUCCAGUCGACAGAGAGCUGAGGGUACAGACCUCCCCACACUCAAACCCAUCAAACCAAAGUCACAAAGUUCAUCUUCUGCUGAGAAAGCAGAACCCCAGAAGAAGCCAUCCAACUGGCGCAGGAAGCAUGAAGACUUCAUUGCUACCAUUCGCGCGGCCAAGGUCCUCACUCAGGUCAUGAAGGAUGGGGGACCAUUACCUCCGCCUCCUCCUCCUACUUAUGACCCAGACUAUGUCCAGUGCCCUCACUGUCAACGGAGGUUCAACCAGGGUGCAGCCGACAGACACAUCUCGUUCUGCCAGGAGAAGGCCGCCCGUAUGCCUAGCAAGGGCAAGUUAGGAGAUGCCAAGAAGCCUCUUGGUCAAACACCGAGCAAGCCUUCUGCUUCCCUAAAGAAGACCAACUCUCCUGCUGUGUCAACCAUCCCUUCAGCCUCCUCUCGUUUACCCCAGAGGUCAGGCAUUGGACAGCCCUCUGGGAUCCCAUCUAGUAAAGUGUCUUCUGCAGGUUCAGUGAGGAGUAAUCCCUCCGGCUUGACAAGCCCUCCAUCAAGUAUUGGAAGUAAGACCCGAGCAGUGAGAUCUGGCUACGGCCCUGUGAGGAACUCUCAGUCUGGAAUAGCACUCAACAAGAAGAAAGUAGACACCUACAUAUCUAGGAAUGACGACGGUGACGAAGUUGACCAUGGUGGAGUGAAGAGCAAGUUCUGUCAUUCUUGUGGGACCAAGUACCCUGUUGAAUCCGCCAAAUUCUGCUGCGAGUGUGGGAUCAGGAAGAUGUGUAUUUGAUGCAGGUCAGGAGGAGGAGAAACUAGAAGUAUGGGGAUGCACGGGGACUCAAACUGGCAUCAGUUUCACCAAAGCUGUAUAUUCACGGCAGUAAAGUGUAAUCGGCAGACAACCCAAUGGUGCUGUGUUUUCUUUUCUACUAGCUGUGUAGUCUUCAUGGAUUUUGCUGGUCCAUUCCGCUAUUAUCAAAUGUUUCAGUCCUGCUGAAUAAUAUACAAUUCAAGUACAUAUUCUGCCAUGUUCAUAACACAAAUAUAAAAAUCCUAAUCUAAUACAUUUCAGUGGCAAACUCGUCUCGUAUAAAGUUAUGUUAAACUGUGUUAAGGUAGCUGAUAUGGCGGAUACAGGAAGAACAGCAUUGUGGUGUUUCAACACGCUCAUAUACUUGAGAAUUAGUGCCGUAGAACGAGAGGACACAGAGGGAUUAAGAGUUUGGAACCAGACCAAAACAUUUCCAGUUAAAAACAAUGUUGCUCUGGGACUGUAAGUAAAGUGGUCCGAGUCUGUAUUAUUACAAAAACCUCAUUUUAUUGCCCCUGGACAAUAAUUUGGAGUUUAGCACCCUAUAGAGUCAAUAUCAGCAAUUACAAGCUAUUGGUUCAUUCUUAGAAGAAAUAAGAGUAGAUAAAAGCGAAGAGGAGGGUUGAACAAUGUGAAGAAGGUGAAGAAAACGUGUUGGGUGACUCGUUGGAGGUUAGUGCCCUGAAUCUCAAUCCCCAGUCAACAGUGAUCUGAAAUGCAUUCCUUCGUCCCGUUUACCUCCACUUCCUCGCAAACAGAAUACGUUCCUGGUGAAGUGCAAUAUGAUCGACUACUGAAGAAAAACAAUGUGGGUUUCCACAAGAAAGUGUCAUUUUGGAAAGAAAUGGCCAUGUUUUGACAGGGACCAAUCCAAAAAUGAUCGAACUGUUAAAAGGUCAGAGUUCCUUUUUAAGGUCACCGCUAUCUUAAUGUUCGCUUCAUGGGCCUGACGUUUCGAGAGAAAUGUAGCAAUUGCUCAAACCCUUUUAUUCUCCUUCAUUUUAUACAAUGUAAUUAAUUAUUUAUUUUACGGAAUGAGAAAUGACUGCAUCCUUUGUGUUAAUGUUCUACAGAAUUAAAGUGUUUUUUGGAUUGCAUGAAAUCUAAAUGACCUGGAUUGUGUUUAAUUUGCUUUUUCCAUGAGACAGUAUUCAGUGCAUUAAAGUAUUUAGGUUCACUAGUA